CACUGAGCACUUCCCCUUUUAGAGAAAUGAAGAGUCUGUGUGUAAAUAUAUAGUAUCACUGAGCCCUGUGGUUUCACACGGCGGAGGCUGACAGCGCUGCACCGGCCAGGACCUGUCACGUCACAUCAGAAAGAUUCCUUCAAAAUGUCUACCUGUCUGUUUUGCUUGCUCCUACUUGUGAAUGUCUCCUCCUCCAACAUAAAGACCCUGGACUCCCCCAGAGCUCUUCAGGACAGCGGCUUCGGUCGCCCCCCGCCGCGGCACGGACUCCCCCUGCUGAAAUGGUACGUGAAAGCCUGUCUGGACAACAACAUGGUAGCUCUGUGUCGCCCCGAUAAAGGAGAAUACGGAUUUCACGAGUUUACAAACCACGGGCGAGACCCACUCCUGCCACCGAUCAAAGACAAAAGACAAUAUACAUAUUUCACGCUGGGAAACUUACACUAUCCUCAAGCAGAAAAUUUGCCUUACGACGUUCGGAAGUACUACAACCCCAAGGAUCCCAAAAGCAACCAGGACAGAGUGCUGGUGAAAUAUAAUAAUAAUAACAGAAGGAUCGAGGAGAUUUACGCGUCAGCUCAUUAUUAUCCUAAAGAGACAUACAAGAUCGGGCCUCAUCUGCUGAAUUAUCUGAGAAGAUUACGGCAAAUGCAGAUCGCUACAGAGCUACAGAUCUGCAGAUAUAGGGAUAGAGCGUCUUACAGUUAGAGCAGUGCCUACAGUUAGCAUCACACCCUCAGAGAAUGUUGAUGAAAUUAUACCUAACUAUAUAGUUUUUAGAAGAUUUAAAGUGCCUAUAGGUUGGACUACUCAUUUGACUAAAACACAUCAUUAUAUUUAAGAUUUUACCUUGCAGCUGUGUGAUAUACUGGACCAAAACUCUUCUAAUAUGCACAGGAGUUAUUAUUUGACAAAUAAAAUUGUUCAAAAAGAACUACUUUGUUGAAAUCAUGUUUAAAGUGUCAAAAAAAGAAAAAAGAAAAAUGUGUUUCUUUCUUUUAUACUUUAACUUCUUGGGUUCAAGACAAUGCAGUAAAGUGUAUUUACCUUGUUGACAUGUUUCUGCUGCUGCAUCUUCACAACUGUCUCUGUGUUGGUGGUGACGUGUCGUAUAUCAGCUGCUCCCUGCGGCCAACGGCAGAGAAAUAGAGUCCAGCCCCCCUCAAGGAGUUGGGUUCCAGAGCCCAAACUGUGCGUGGAGGUGAGGAUGAUUAUAUCUAGUCGGUAACGCUCAACCUCCCGCACAAGCUCAGGCUCCUCCCCCCCAGCGAGGUGACAUUCCAUGUCCCCAGAGCUAGUCUCCAUGUCCAGAGAUCUGGUCGUCGAGACUCUCACCUUCAACUGCCCAGAUCUUCUUACACCGGCCCCAUAUGGCUCCUCCCGCAGGUGGUGGGCCCACGGAAGGGUGGCCCCACGUCGCUCCUUCGGUCUGUGCCCAGUCAGGCCCCGUGGGGGAAGGCCCGGCCACCAGACGCUCACUGUCGAGCAGCAACCCCAGGCCUGGCUCCAGGGUGGGGCCCUGGUAACACCAUUCCAGGUGACGUAGCUGACCUCUGUGUCAAACUCAUCAUGUGGGGCUUCUGAACCGUUCUUAGUCUGACCCGUCACCCCGGACCUGUUUGCCUUGGGUGACCCUACCAGGGGCAUGAAGCCCCCGACAACAUAGCUCCCGGGAUCAUUUAAUCAGAUAAAAUGGAGAUAGAAAUUAUAAAAGCAUAUAUAAUAUAUGUGCCAAAAUUACUGUAAAACACAAAUAAAUGUAGGAAAUGACAAAGAUUGUCUUGAUAUGGUCUUGACCUUUAAAAGUCUUGGUCUUGUCCCGGUUUCAACUCUCUGAGGUCUUGGUCUUGUCCUGGUCUCGGGACCCUGUGGUCUCGGACUGGUCUUGGUCUCGAUUAGUGCACUCUUGACUACAACACUAUUGUGGACCAUUCCAGGCAACAUCUCCAUGGAGAGAAUCUGGAAAGUUACACAGUGCAUCUUUAAGCCCUGUGAGGCGACUACUGUGGACGUGAAUUAAAAAGACCUUUGACGCUUAUGAAAUGUGAUUUGACAAGACUUUAGAGAAUUAUUUUCAACACAUCUGAUGCAAAAAUCCUUCAAAAAAUGUGUCCUGGCAAAACUGCAGUACAAGUCCAUAAAUCAAGUAUACUGUAGUUCUCAGCGUGUCCUCUUUCUAAGUACUGGCGUUAUAUUUCUGACAAUUUUUCUCUAUUUGAAGUCGAGAUUUCAAGCCAAAACAAAACUCUCGAGAAAGUUCACAAAGCGUUUAGCCCAAUAAGAGUUUGAAUGGAGGCAGUGGAUCACACAGUUGACCUUAAUGAGAUGUGAAAUGGCCAGAAGGUACCUCGAGUCAGACCCAAAGUGAGCGUUUUUAUGAUGACAAAGUACAAGCCCUGUGCAGUCCUCUCUCUCCACGCGGGAACACAUCCAUCUUACACCGCUCCCCGAACCCGCCGAAGAGACUGGACCAGGUUUAAGUUCACGCUUAAAUGACUCCCUGUUUAAACUGGCUUGUAACUCUGAGAAACACUUUAUUCAUCUUGAGUUUUUCUGGUUUAAAGGGCACAUAUUACGCUAUUUUCUGAUCUGUGUUAUAAUGUUUCCUCAUCACAAACAGAUCUGGAGUUGUGUUUUGUUUCAUUCAAAUGUUUAAUGCACAAAUCCUGCAUGUUUAGGCUGAGUUCUUCUCUCAAAUGCACAGUGUUGGGAAGGUUAUUUUUAAAAUGUAUUCAAAGCGAAGACGAGGAAAUCGUAACAUAAGAAGUUUUGUCUGCUAAAAAAAAAUAAAAAGCCCAGACUUUACUGAACCAAAUUAAAAAUAUUAUUGAUAGAAGAGGAAGAAACACGGCCCAUACAGUAUGAUUUACUCCUGGAUUAGUCCUGUUUUAGUCUUGGUUUAGUCCUGGUUUUAGACCUGUUUUAGUCCUGGUUUAGAUCUAUUUUAGAUCUAGUUUAGACCUGGUUUUAGUCCUUUUUAGUCCUGGUUUAGAGCUGGUUUAGUCCUGGUUUUAGUCCUGGUUUAGUCUUCAUUUUAGACCUGGUUUUAGUCCUGGUUUAG